AGAAGGUUCGCUAUAAGUAGUGUGGAAGGUUCGGAUAAGUAGUAUCUAGAACCUUCGUCUUCCUUCUUGCCCUGAAAUUUGCACAUUUCGUCUGCAUUUUUGCCCAAAUUCAACUCUUGUUUUUACAAAAAAACCCAUAAAUUUAGUAAACCAGAACUUUCUUAAAGGGGAUAGCUCAGCGCCAACCAUGAUUCUGGCAGUUAUCAACAACUUUCCUCAAAUGUCAGUUUGUCCUUUAGAUUCCAUUUAUGUUAUCUGUUUUUAACUGAAAUUUUGCUCAAAAGCCCUAAUCUACUCUAGAUUUGGUCUUUGUGUAUACCAAUCUGUUUGAUCUUUCAUCACAGCGAGUUUUAUUUUAUUUUAUAUAUUCUCGGGUUUGCUGCAAAGUUUGAUGAACCCAUCUGAGUUUUCAAAAGUGAAAAUUCGUGAGAUUUGUGAUUAUCUUGUUGUAAUUUGUUUGGUCUAAUUAUCGUCGUGCAAACUUUAAUCUUAUAUUUCCUAGGUUUUGAUGCUAAUUUUGAUGAACCCAUCUGAGAUUUGUGAUUGACCUUGUUCUGAUUUAUUGGGUUUCGUCGUCGUAGUCGUAGUACAAGAUUCUAUCAUCUAUUUCCUGAGUUUUGCUGCAAAUUUCAAUAAACCCAUCUGGGUUUUCAUACGAAAGAUUCUGGAUUCGUGAUUCGUUUGGGUUUAUUAUCUUGGUAAAUUAAAACCCAGACUUGUGAUUUAGAAGGGAUCGAUUAUGAAUCCUUUCUUCUCGGUCGUUAAGGAGGAGUAUCCAUCAAGUGGUGGUGGUAGCGACGGCGUAAGGCGGCCAACGGCGAUUCAAGCACCACUCCCACAGCCAAUGGAGGGUCUUCAUGAUGCUGGGCCCCCACCUUUCUUGACGAAAAUCUAUGAUAUGGUCGACGACCGAAGUAUUGACCACAUUGUUUGUUGGAGCAGAGGUGGUCAAAGCUUCACUGUAUUGGAUCCACAUGCUUUCGCUACUAAUCUCCUCCCUCGAUACUUUAAACACAACAAUUUCUCUAGUUUUGUCAGGCAACUCAAUACUUAUCUAGAAGAAGAUGUGAUUGAUUAUGGCAAAAGAUGGGGCUACGAAAUGAUGAAUGAAGAAUACCGGAAAUUAGGUUUUAGAAAGAUAGAUCCUGAUGUGUGGGAGUUUGCGAAUGAAGCGUUCGUGAGGGGUCAAAGACACGUUUUGAAGAACAUCAAGAGAAGACGCGCGCCUUCUUCUUCUUCUUCAUCAUCAUCUUCAGCUACUUCUCAGGGUUGUCCUGAAACAUUCGGAUUGGAUGAAGUUGGGCGUCUGAAACACGAAAAGCAAGUUCUGAUGAUGGAAUUAGUAAACCUCCGACAACAGCAACAGAACACUAGGGCUCAACUUCAAGCCAUGGAAGUCAGGAUCCGUGGGACAGAGAAAAAACAGCAGAAGGUGAUGAGUUUCUUGGCGAAAGCUAUGCAAAAUCCUGAAUUUGUCAGAAAGUUAGUCCAACAUGGUAGAAGACAGGACCUUCGAGACGCCAUUAGAGGGUUUGAUGCUGUUCAAAGUGGCGAAUCCAGUCGAACCAGAAACAAGCUUAUUAAAGAUGAACCAGAGGAGGAGGAGUUUUCUCAGGUGUCUGAGCUUGAGGCGCUUGCUUUAGAGAUUCAAGGAUUUGGUAGAGCCAAAAGAAACCAAGAGGAAGAAGAAGAAGAAGAGGAAGAAGCUAAUGAGAUGUGUGAAGGCAACGAGAACGAUAACGAGAAAGAACUUGAUGAUGAAUUCUGGGAAGAGUUGUUUAGUGAAAGAUCAGGUGUUGAAGAUGUGAAUUUCUUGGCUGAUAAGUUGGAUUUCUUGGAUUUUAACAAAGCUCCUGCUAUCGGGGAUUCCAUUCCUUUCCAUUACCAUUGCCAACACACACUAUCAUAUUGGAAGCAUUUUCUGCUGACUGAAAUGAAGUUGCUUGUUCUCAAAGAUUGAUCUGAAGAUAUUGAACCGGUCCGACCGGAGCAGCUAUUGAUCGAUGGCUAUUUGAGCUGUUUCUUUCAUCAUAAGAAAACCCACUAAAUGGGUUUUACUUGCAAGGGUUGAUAUGUUAAUUAAAUAUAAAUAUAUUUCGAUAUAUUAUAUAAUAUGUUGUAUUAUUCACCUGUAAUUUAACGAUGGGAGUGUGGUUUUUACUUGUGUACUUGAGAUAGUGGAGCCUCUACUAAUUAUUCAAAUAUUUGUUAUCUGAUGGGUUUUGUAUGUAGCCU